GAGCGCCGCACACCCAACCCAACCUUCAUAUUUUCUCAGUUUUAAUUCAAUUCACAAAAUGCGAACAAUAAUCGAUUUAGGAAACAGCCAAACAGGGCCUUUCCACGUCAUCACCGCCCCGACCUCCGUCGACUGCGCUCGAGAAGUCCGAUUCCGGCGAUCCUUCCGCCACCUCGUCGAGUGCAUGGUCCCUGCCUGCUGCUCCUUCCCUAACUCACCGGAAGAUUCUCUCUCCAGCGACACCGAUUCCGUCCACAGCAGCGGCUCCGGCGGCGGAUCCUCCACCGUGACCUGCACCUUCUUCGGCCACCGGAACGGCCGAGUCAGCUUCUGCAUCCAGAACCACACCCGGGGGCCGCCGCUCCUCCUCCUCGAAUUCGCCGUCGCCACGUCAUACCUUGCCCGGGAAAUGGAGCACGGCCUCCUCCGGAUAGCCCUGGAGUGCGACCGCCGGCGCCGGAAUCUUUGCUCCUCCGAUUCUCUCUACGAUGUGCCGGUCUGGUACAUGUACUGCAAUGGACGGAAAGCCGGGUUCGCCGUACGGCGGCGGCUGAAGGCCGGAGACGCGGCGGUUCUGAAAAGGAUGGAGUCAAUGUCGGUCGGGGCGGGGGUGCUCCCGGAGAACGGCGCCGGCGCCGGCGAGCUUAUGUAUCUGAGAGCGAGUUUCGACCGAGUCAUCGGAUCGGCUGACUCGGAGUCGUUCCAUAUGAUAAACCCGGUCGGGAGCUCGGGUCAGGAGCUCAGCAUAUUCCUAUUAAGGUCAUAGGAGGUGACGGGACUUGGCAUCCACUCAACAUUACUUUGUAAACAAAUUUUAGGUUUUAGUAUCCUUGCCAGUGCUAGGAAGCAGCACUGUAAAUCUGUUACCCCUUUUCUUUUUUUUUUUUUUUUUUUUUUAAGUUAGUAAUUUGUAAGUGCAAAUAUUAUAAUUCGAUA